CCCUGCAGGUGGUGAGCGACGCGCGGCGCCUCUCGGACGUGGAGUGGUUCCGGGACGUGUACGGGGACGUGGUGCAGACCGUGCGGGUCGUGGCCAGCGAGGAGACAAGGAAGAGGAGGGACUGGGUCUUCGUUGCCGGAGUGGACGACGCGGAAUCUGAGUGUGGCCUGGACCAGGGAGUGGCCUUUGACUGGGUGAUCACCAACGAUGGAGAUGAGCUGUCCCUGGACGAGCAGCUGGAGACACUGCUCCAGUCACUCCAGGGCCGUCUGUAA